CUUCCCUCUCUCCCGUCAUGCCCUUCGUUUCCGGUAACCCGCCCCAUAACUAGGAAGUGAGUCGGGGACCUCAGAGUUGGUAGCAGCCCAGAGAAAUACAAGGUUACCGAAGUCACAGACGAACAGUUGGAACAAAAACCCAAAAAUACACCAGAGCCAGCCCAAACUAUCGAGGUAAAGGCACCUAGUAAAACAAAAGAAAAAACACCCUCGCCUCCAAAAGAAGUUCAGCCUGAGGUUCAAGAGCCUGAGGUCAAAGUUCAAAAGUCACAGACAGUCGAGAGCUCAGCACCGGUCAGUGCCCCUCCUCCUGUGAAAAAGGGGAAAUCUCCGCCACCAGAGGUCACUAAAGAAGAAACACGACCCACAAGCCAAGACAGCACCAAUUCUGUAUCUUCAGCCAAGCGCCACGCCCCAAGACCCCCUGUUUUUAAAGUACCUGAGCACUUGGUGAAGCAGAAGGCACCCACACCCCCUAAAGAGGUCCGUAAGGAAGAGGAAGAGGUUGAUCCUGUCGUGAUGGCCCAGUUGGAAGCCCUAGUAAACCGUUUGGAGGCGGUGGCGAGCAAGUUGGAGAAUAUUUCCUCCCGUGGAAUUGGUGGCGGUGGCGGUGCAGGAGCUUCACAAGAGGUGUCCCAUGCCUUUGUGACGGCCUUCGAUGACCUAAUGAAAGGGAGUCUGGCCACCUUCGUAGACCUGAGCAAUAAGAUCGGAGGAGAUGUCAAGGAAUCGGCUGCGAUGUUGCUGAAAGGGUUUCAGGCACAGAGACAAUUCCUGUCAUUAGUCGCUAAGUGCAAACAACCUUCACAGGAGGUACUGGUCGCCCUGUUGAAGCCCACGUCAGAUGAGAUCCAGAACAUCCAGGCGUUCCGCCAGAAGCAGCAUAAGAGUCCAUUCAUAAACCAUCUGUCCGUUCUCAGCGAGUCCAGCCCAGCACUGGGAUGGGUCACUGUGGCCCCAGCCCCAGGACCAUUUGUGAAGGAGAUGGGUGAUGCUGGACAGUUCUAUGGAAACAGAGUUCUCAAGGAAUUCAAAGAAAAAGACAAGACCCAUGUGGAUUGGAUGAGAGCCUGGAACGAGACUCUGAAGGAACUGCAGGCCUACAUCAAGGAGUUCCACACCACAGGGAUUGCAUGGAACGCAGGGGGUAUUGAUGCAUCUAGUGCCCCUGCAGCAGGACCUGCAGCUCCACCACCCCCUCCAGCAGGAGGGCCACCCCCUCCCCCACCCCCAGGGCCACCCCCACCACCCCCACCAGGAGGUAUGGACGCGGGUCCCUCUCCAGCUGCUGCUAUGAGUGGGGUGUUUGCUGAGAUCAACAGAGGAACAGAUAUCACCAAGGGGCUGAAGAAAGUCACAGAUGACCAGAAGACUCACAAGAACCCCAGCCUCAGGAUUGGGGCCCAGCCUUUCAAACCUCCAGGAGGCGCUCCAGCCAAGAAAGCCCCUGUUCCAGCUCCAGUAGCUGCCAAAGCAGCAGAGAAACCCCCAGUUUUAGAGCUACAAGGAAAGAAGUGGAUUGUGGAACACCACAAAGGCAACCGUAACUUGGUGAUCAGCGAUGUGGAGCUGAAACAGGUGGUUUACAUGUUCAAGUGUGUGGACAGUACUCUACAAGUCAAGGGAAAAGUGAACUCUAUUGUCAUGGAUAACUGUAAGAAGACGGCACUGGUGUUUGAUGACGUGGUCUCCUGUGUGGAAUUUGUCAACUGUCAAAGUGUACAGGCUCAGGUCAACGGUCAUGUCCAUACAGUCAGCGUGGACAAGACAGACGGCUUCCAGAUGUAUCUCAGUAAGGACUCUAUGAACACCGAGUUCAUCACCGCCAAGUCCUCCGAGAUGAAUAUCCUGGUGCCUGGACCUGAUGGAGACUAUUUGGAAUUUGCAGUACCAGAGCAGUUUAAGACCACCUUUGACGGCAAAAAAUUGGUCACAGAUUGCUCCGACCUCCAGCAAUAGUCAGCCAUCGUGCAAGGAUUUAGAAAGACUUCGACAGUGAUUACUUAGACUACAA